CCGCCCAACUUGGUCCUGCAGAUGCGGUCUCUGGAGGCCAUCCAGGUGGACCUGAACUCCGUGAAUGCGCAGGCCGACCGGGCCCUGCAGCAGCUGGAACGCAAGUUCGGGCAGAUCCGCCUGUACUACCUGGAGCGCCACAACUACGUCAUCCAGAGCAUCCCGGGCUUCUGGGUCAUCGCCCUUCGAAACCACCCGCAGCUGUUCGAGAUGAUCACCGGAUACAUAACCAAUCUGGAGGUGAAGGAGUCCAGACUCCACAGAGCAAGUUGCAGGUUCAAGUUCUUCUUUCGAAGAAACCCCUUCUUCAGAAACACGCUGAUUGUCAAGGACUAUGAGGUCAGACCCACAGGCCAAGUGAUAUCGCUGUCCACGCCGAUCUUAUGGUGACCUGGUCAUGAGCCCCAGCCCUUCACGCACGGCAAUCAGGAUACCACCACGUGCAGCUUCUUUACCUGGCUUUCCGACCACAGCCAUCCCGAGCGUGACAGGAUUUAAUGUUACCAUAUUAUCAAAGAGGACCUCUGGCCAAACCCACUGCAAUACUACCCGCUCCAUGCAGGGGCAGCUAGAGCCAGGCGUCACCAGAUAGAGCCUAUGGAGAUUCCCAGGCCCUUUGGCUUCUAG